AUGACACCCUCUAUCACAGUCCACUUCCUCACUCUGCCGGGCACGCGCGUCGACCGCAUCUUCUGGGUCCUCGAGGAGCUUGGGAUCGAGUACGGCACGCGCUGCCACGUGCCGGGCAAGGGCGGCAUCCCGCAGUCGCUCAAGGACGUGACCAAGUUGGGCAAGUCGCCCGUGAUCGAGAUCGACGGGCGCAUCGCGUCCGAGACCGGCUCGAUCAUCCACAACCUGCUGGCGGCACACCCGGCGCCGGGGAUCGAGAGCUCGCCCUCCAACGACAGCUACUUCUGGAGCCACUUCAGCGAGGGCACAAUGAUGCUGCACCUGCAGCCGUCGCGCGUGCUGGGCAUGAUGGACGGGGCGAUGGACCGGCGCCUGUCAAAGGAGGGCGCCGCGGGCGCCCACGCGCUCUACAAGCUCUUCAACGACAACUGGGUCACGCGCAACGUGCAGGCGCAGCUGGAUUUCGUGGAGGACUUCUUGAGCCGCAACGAGAACUUCUCGGGCAGCGACAAGCUCGGCGAGGGCGAUUUCAUGAUGGCUUAUCCGCUCAACACGCUCGCGUAUGGGAUGCGCGCGGGCGACUUCAAGAUCGGGCCUGCGAGCAAGAAGUGGCUCGAUCGCAUGCGUGCCCGGCCUGCGUGGUCGCGUGGCCUGAAACGUAUGGCUGAGGCGCAGAAGGCGCAGGCGAAGCUCUAGGGCUGGAGACUAUGCAUUCACACGCAGUACAACAAGGCGGAAAUUGAAUCGG